AUCUGGAGAGAGUCUACUUUUAGGUGGGAUAGUAGCAGAGCCAGGACUGGGGGUGUUCUGCUGAGGUCUGUUUUACGAUCAAAAUGUCGUUCAUCCAGGUAGAGCAGAACUCAGAUUUCCCUCUCCAGAACCUUCCCUAUGGGGUUUUCUCUACUAGGGACAAGCCAAGGCACAGGAUUGGGGUGGCGAUUGGAGACCAGAUAUUGGAUCUGAGUGCUGUUAAACAUCUGUUCACUGGACCAGUGCUUUCCAAGCAUCAUAAUGUCUUCGACCAGCCAACGCUUAACGACUUCAUGGGGUUGGGCUGCGAGGCGUGGAAGGAAGCUAGAGCCUUUCUCCAAAAGCUCCUGUCAGCCCGGGAGCCAGUGCUCAGAGACGACUCAGAGCUACGAAAAAGAGCAUUUGUACCUCAAGCCUCCGCCAUAAUGCAUCUGCCAGCUGAAAUCGGAGAUUACACUGACUUCUAUUCUUCACUGCACCAUGCCAUGAAUGUUGGGAUCAUGUUCAGAGGGAAGGAGAAUGCUUUGAACCCUAACUGGUUGCAUUUACCUGUUGGCUACCAUGGGCGAGCUUCUUCAGUUGUGGUGUCUGGGACACCAAUCCACAGACCAUUAGGACAGACACGCCCAGAUGAUGCUAAACCUCCAGUGUUUGGUGCUUGCAAACGUUUGGACCUUGAGUUAGAAAUGGCAUUCUUCGUAGGCCCAGGGAACAAGCUGGGGGAGCCUAUUCCAAUCGCCAAGGCUGAUGACCACAUUUUUGGAGUGGUUCUUAUGAAUGACUGGAGUGCUCGUGACAUUCAGAAGUGGGAAUAUGUUCCAUUGGGUCCAUUUCUAAGCAAGAGCUUUGGCACAACUAUAUCUCCCUGGGUCGUUACUAUGGAAGCUCUCAUGCCAUUUGUGUUGCCAAAUCCUAUCCAGGAUCCCAAGCCGCUACCUUACCUCUGUGAUGAAGAGCCCUAUACAUUUGACAUAAAUCUCUUUGUUGCCAUUAAAGGAGAAGGAAUGAGCAAGCCAAGGACUAUAUGCAAAUCAAACUUUAAGCACAUGUACUGGACCAUGAAACAGCAGCUGGCUCAUCACAGCUGCAAUGGAUGCAACCUUAAACCUGGAGACCUCCUGGCAUCUGGGACAAUCAGUGGUCCUGAUCCAGAGAGCUUUGGCUCCAUGUUGGAGCUGUCGUGGAACGGAACAAAAGAAAUUGACCUUGGCAACGGGCAGUCUCGUAAGUUUCUGCAGGAUGGAGAUGAAGUCGUCGUGACAGGUUACUGCCAGGGGAAUGGUUACCGAGUGGGAUUUGGCCAAUGUUCAGGAAAAGUACUUCCUGCACUAUCUCUUCCAUGAUCCCACAUCCUUGAAAACUUCGGAGGAAGAGAAGAAUCUGUCCACCCAAGCCUUCUCAGUACAUGGCCUUUGGAGCGCUUCUCUUGCUUGGAGAAAUCAAAAUGUGCUGCAAAUUCUGUUUUCAAAUCAGUAUUGUCUGUAUUUGUAUAAAUGCUUGGAUCUUCAUGACAUUCCAGUCCUUGUCAAUAAAAGUCUCACUGGUGA